AUGACUGCUUCAGAUCCUCAAAUUCAACCUUAUCAAUCUGCUAGAAAUGAUUUUAGAUCAGAUACUUUCACUACUCCAACUCAAUCAAUGAUUCAAGCUGCUUUAACUGCUUCAAUUGGUGAUUCUGUUUAUAAUGAAGAUGUUGAUACAAUUGCCUUGGAAAAUAAAGUUGCUAAAUUAGCUGGUAAACCUGCUGGUCUUUAUUGUGUUUCUGGUACUUUAUCAAAUCAAAUUGCUAUUAGAACUCAUCUUUUCCAACCACCUUAUUCAAUCUUGUGUGAUUAUAGAGCUCAUGUUUAUACUCAUGAAGCUGCUGGUUUAGCAAUGUUAUCAAAUGCUAUGGUCACCCCUGUUAGACCUGCAAAUGGUGAUUAUUUAACUUUGGAAGAUAUUAAACAAAAUAUUGUUCCAGAAGAUGGUGAUAUUCAUGGUGCUCCAACAAAAUUAAUUUCUUUAGAAAAUACUUUACAUGGUAUUAUUACUCCAUAUCAAGAAUUAUUAAGAAUUAAACAAUUUUGUAUUGAAAAUAAUUAUAAAUUACAUUGUGAUGGUGCAAGAAUUUGGAAUGCAAGUGUUGAAGCUCAAGUUCCUUUAGAUCAAUACGGUGAAAUUUUUGAUUCAAUUUCAAUUUGUUUAUCAAAAUCAAUUGGUGCUCCAAUGGGUUCAGUCUUGGUUGGUGAAAAACCUUUCAUUAAAAAGGCAAACCAUUUCAAGAAACAAUGUGGUGGUGGUGUUAGACAAAGUGGUAUGAUGGCUAAAAUGGCUUCUGUUGCUAUUGAUGAAACUUUACCAUUAUUAAAAUCAAGUCAUGAUAAAGCUAAAAAAUUAGGUGAUUUCUGUAUUGAACAAGGUAUAAUUUUGGAAAGUCCUGUUGAUACUAAUUUUGUUUUCAUUGAUUUAAAAGAAAAUCAUAUUAAAGAUGAUGAUUUAAUUAAAUAUGGUAAAAUUCAUAAUGUUCAAUUAAUGGGUGGUAGAAUUGCAUUCCAUUAUCAAAUUGAUGAUGAAGCUUUAGAAAAUGUCAAAAAAGCUGUUCAUGAUGCUCAUCAAAAUGCUAAAAAGAAUCCUCAUUUCCAUGAUGGUCCUUAUAAGAUGUAUCGUUCACCAACUCCAGUCAAAUAUUAG